AUGGAAAAAUUGAAGAAAAAGCAGCAACGAUUAGAAGAAAUAAAGGAAUUUUGUGCAAUGUUAGAUACAAAGAUAAAUCAGGGAAAAAGGACAGCGUUGGGAACGACGUAUGAAGCAGAGAAGGAAGCCUCUUUGCUGCAGUUACAAAACCUGGCGAUAGAGAUGGACGAGUUGAGGAAAGACAGUCAAGAAAUUGUCCCAAAUGUGUCUGAUCAAUUUCAAUACAUCUUCACAUUUUAUCUGAAGAAGAAACCAUCAUCGCUUGACUAUUGCAAUCUGAAUUGGUCUCUUCUUGUUGGAUAUGGCGACAAUUCUAUUGAUGUCUUCACACUCCCAUUAGAUCAGCUCUUGGUUCGAAAGGGCCCACCAGCGAAAAUCACUGAAAGUAUCGACGAGUCCAAAUCAACAGAGGAGGUUACUCUGAAGACCGUCCACCGUAUCAACAGAUUGGGACAUUCUCAAGGGCCACGAAGUGUUAGCGUUAGUCACGAUGAUGGAUUGAUACUCUCACUUGCUGAUAAGAGUAUCCAUAUCUGGAAUUGCGAUAAUCAUCGACUGAUACAUCAUCUAACGGCUCCAGAAUCUGUAACAUGUGGAUUUUUUAUCGCUGGCAAUUCCCACAUUGUUGUUGGAACAUCAAAGGGAUCUCUUUUACUCUACGAUAUUCAAGCUUGUACAAUUACUGAUCAACUGGAUCAUAGUCAUGAUGGAUCUGUCGUUGCAAUGGCGGAGCAUCCGAAGAAAACAGGAUUCGCAACUGUUUCAACUGACAAAGUCCUUCGUUUCUUUCAAUUUCAAAUCGUCAAAUCGAAAGACACUUCAGCUCAAACAGUUCGUUGUAAACAAAUUGGAGAUUCGAGUUUGAUGGAUGAAGGACUCGAUUUCAGUCCAAAUGGAAAAUUCGUUGCAGUCUCUCUGUUGGAUUUCACGAUUCAACUGUUCUAUGCAGAUUCUGUAAAACUCUUUUUGACGUUAUAUGGCAAUAAGCUUCCCGCCCCAUCAAUCGCUAUUUCGUCAGAUUCGACAUUAUUAGUCAGCGGAUCUGCAGAUAAAACGAUCAAAAUUUGGGGAAUGGAUUUUGGAAAUAUCCAAAAAAGUUGGCAUGCACAUGAUGAGGGCGUCACGCAGGUUUUAUUUCUGAAGGAUACACAUUACGUUGUUUCUGCUGGGAAGGAUUGUCUUGUUAAAAUUUGGGACUCUGAUCGACGGGAUCUGAUCUCACAAUUAUCCGGGCAUGUCAAACCCGUGACGUGUUUAGCUGUCACCCGUUUGGAUGGAGAUCGAAUUAUUGCUGGAGGAUUGGAUCGAUCGCUUCGAGUUUGGACAAGAACUGAAGAUCAAAUAUUUGCCGGAGAGGAACAAGAAAAGAUUCUUGAAGACAAAUUAGAUCGAGAAGCUGCAAGAGCUGACAUGCCUGCUGGAGGAGGAUUUGGGGCUCAAGAAGUGGUUAUGACGAGACCGACACGGCGCACUGUGGAAGCAAUUAAAUCGACAGAACAACUGAUGGAAGCAAUAGAUGUUGCAACAAAAGCAUGGAAGGAGCAGGUUGAAUAUAAAGAAGCUUUGGCAACGUGGACAUCAUUACAAAAACAUUCCGGCAAUGAAACAUCAUUGGGAAAAUUGGAAGGAUCGUCCAAACCAAUCGCUCCGUCAUCGAAAAUAGAAAUGAAUGGACUCUCACCUCAUAGAUACCUCUUCAACGUUUUGACCACGUUGACGAUUCCACUCAUGCACGAAGUUGUUGUUGCGUUGCCCUUCAACUUUGCAGAAAAGGUAAAACAGUAUUUGGGAAAUGCCUUACCCUGA